AUGCUGAAUAUCCUCACGCCAUUGAAUAAAGCGUGCUGUCGCGUAAUCCUUCAUUUGGCGGGCUACCUCAACGUACUUAGCCUUGACUUGCUUCCCCAUCGAGGUAUUAAGCAUGGAUUCCUGCUGAAAACGAAGGAUCGGCUUCUUGAUACGCUGAAAGAGUGCCAUACUCCAGUGAAUGGAACCGGCAACGGGGGGCUGAUUCUUGGUGAGCGGCGGAUUGUCGCGAUUCUCAAUAAAAAUCGUCCGAACAUCCUCGAGUUCGGAGUAGUACUGGGCAAGAAUGCGGUCAGCUUUUUCAGAAAGAAGGGCAGAUAUAUCCAAACUCGUCCCGCUCCGAUGCGGACGGUUCUUAAUUGUCUCGAAGGACAACAAAAGCUCGAGGGCAGACUCCGCACUGCGCAGGUCUUCGUCAAAUAUUUUGUUGAUGAAGUAGGAAACCUCCUGGUCGAGGUUGGCGACCAUAUUGAUGAAGGUUGA